AUGGAUUUUGAGGACCAUUUCACAAGUCAUGAAUACCGUAAUCUAUAUUGGACGAAUUUUGAGAACUUUGUAGAAGAAUGCAAUCUGAGCCCCGAGUGCAACCAGCCAUCAGAUACCAUGAAAGUGACUGACAACAAUGAAAACGAUACAGAAAAGACAAUGGAUUCAGCUGACAAGGAUUCAGAUCUGCAGCAAAAAAAUGUCGAAGGAUCCCUAGACGACGAUGAGAUCUAUGUUGAACAACUUCAAAAUGACAAAAUUCGGAUCGACAGUGAUAACUUUGGGAAUCUCGUACCGAAAGCUGCUCAAGUUAUGGACUACCUUCACAGAGACAAGAAGUUUAACAACAUAUGUGUAUGGGAUUUCGUGGCUCAGGUAGACAAAGUGAAAAACAACAGGAAAAGUAAGAAAUUGCAGGCUGAUGACAUAGACAGUGAUGAUGAUGAUGACGACGAAGAUGAUCUUGAAGAAGCCAUGAAUAAUAAUGAAUUCAACAAAAACUUGCACAUUGAAGAAUCACCAAUGACACUGGCAGAAACACGUCAACCUCUUCCAAAACAAGAUAUCCCUCAAUCUCAUUCAAAAACUCGGCCUUUUGGAGAGCUACAAGCUGGACACUAUGAAUUGUGA